GAGCAGCGACCAAUCACCAUGCCCUCCCAGCCUCCCAGCCUCCACGGCUCGCUGUUUACGGCACUGCGGCGCUAAUUAGGCUCAUGAACUAACAAAUGUGCCUGCACCAACCCGGCGAGGAGAACGAGCACAUCCAUGGAUUAGUCUGGGAGUAGCCGAGCACUUUUUAUUUGGGCUUCCACCACCACCACCAACAAAAAACAAACUUAUACUGCGCAGAAACUUUCCCUUUCCCCCUUUUCUUGUUUCUUUUCUGUGGAGUAUUUUUUACUUUAACUUGGGAAUCUGGACUAUCAGACCAUGUUUCAACCCACACCCAAGAGGUGUUUCACUAUAGAGUCUUUAGUGGCAAAGGAUAACCACAUCCCUGCGUCCCGUACCGAGGAGCCCAUCAGGCCAGCCGCUCUCAGCUAUGCAAACUCCGGCCAGAUGAACCCCUUCCUCAACGGCUUCCACCCCGGCGGCCGGAGCGUCUAUUCUAACCCGGACUUGGUGUUCGCUGAGGCGGUCUCCCACCAGCAGAGCUCCUCGGUCCCGGUGCAUUCUGUGGCCCCUCCGCACUCCCUGGCCUCUCACCCUCUCUCCUCCUCCCACAGUCCUCACCCUCUUUUUGCCAGCCAGCAAAGGGACCCCUCCACUUUCUACCCCUGGUUAUUACACAGGUACAGGUACCUGGGUCACAGGUUUCAAGGUAAUGAAACGAGUCCAGAGAGUUUCCUUUUGCACAACGCGUUGGCCAGAAAGCCCAAAAGAAUCCGGACAGCUUUUUCACCUUCGCAACUCCUGAGACUCGAACACGCGUUUGAGAAAAACCAUUACGUGGUGGGAGCAGAGAGGAAGCAGCUCGCACACAGCCUUAGCCUCACAGAAACUCAGGUAAAAGUGUGGUUUCAGAACCGAAGGACGAAGUUCAAGCGACAGAAGUUGGAGGAGGAAGGCUCGGAGUCGCAGCAGAAGAAGAAAGGAUCGCAUCACAUAAACCGGUGGAGAAUGGCGACUAAACAGGGGAGCCCGGAGGAAAUCGAUGUCACUUCGGACGAUUAAACAGAAGAAGAAGGGAAAAAAAGACUAUGUGAAGGAGGACAUGGAUAACGGAUGCCGUGUAGAGACAGAGAGGGGGUAAAAAGUCACAUUUCAGAUCUCCGGAGAUCGGCAGCUGAGGGUGAGAGAAACCCGACUGGUGGCACUGCUGUCACCGCCUGGGUCUGUCGGUCCAAAUGACCCAGGUUGGGUGUCUCAGUCCACCGACCUGAACCCUUCCACCACCACCACCACCACCACCACAAUCUCCCAUCUACCACCUCAUUUUUUUAU